CGUCUGACCGACACAUCGCGCUCGUCCGCCUGUCUCACCGGUCCGAUCAGAAGGGAUGCCUCGCAACGUGCUCUCUAUACCCACCAAAACGUCAUCUCUGGCGUCUUCACAUGUUUCAAAGGCGAUAAGAGAUCACAUUGCGGAAGCAUUCGUCGACACGCACCCCGAUGCAUUCACGCAGGACUUGCGAGAGCUGGUUAGGAUAAGAGAUCAAGUCAUCAGGCUUGAGGUGCACAUUGCCAGCAUCGAGGCAGCGCAAAGAUACAAUGCCCAGCUCGUCUUUAUGGGGACAAAGUUUCCAGCUGAUGUCAAUGUAUCAUUCGCAUGGACUGUGUCAUUUCCGACAACUCUUCCCUUGUUUGGCAUCUCGCCGACGCCUUCGCCUCCGGGAUCACCGUCGUCGUCCAACCGAAAUGCGCGACCGUACAUGCGCGUUUCGAGCUCCUCGAUGACUGUGGCCCACCCGGAUCUUAAUUAUGAACGUGCAGCAGUCUUGUUCUCCUUGGCAGCGCUGUAUAGCGCAAUCGGUGCGGGCGAGUCUCGAGGCGAAGGCGAAAGCAUCAAACGAGCGAUAGCCGCCUUUCAGAUCUCUCACCUUUUCUCAGGCACAUACGCUAGAUGCGCCGACACCGAUCUCAAGCCAGCCAUGCUUGCCUCUCUCAGAGAAGCAAUGCUUGCUCAGGCUCAAGAGUGCUUCUGGCAGAAGGCUGUCCUUGACCGUUUGAAGGACGCUACGAUCGCCAAGCUUGCCAUGGCAGUCUCUGACUUCUACGCAAAGGCACUUGACAUUGCCUCGGAGGGCGUGGUGCCAUCUUCGCCAGACGACGUUCAAGAGGGCUGUGAGCUGCCUCGAGAGUGGAUCAACCACAUGACGGUGAAGCGGUGGCAUUUUGCAGGCGCUGCUCAGUACCGAAAGAGUCUCGACGAUUUGGGUUCUAAUAGGUACGGGGACGAAUUAAGCCGGCUCAAACUGGCAGAACAGCACGUCAAGAAAGCACUUGAGUCUUCAAAGCGAGACGUGUCGGAAGCCAUCGUCGCAGAUCUCAAAUCGCUUCAAGGGGUUCUGGCGUCAAAUAUCGCACGGGCAACGAAAGAUAACGAUCUGAUUUAUCUUGAGCCAGUAACUCCCGUAGCUCAACUCGCUCCUGUCACAGCGGCAGUGAUGGUGCAAGAGAAGUGCCCACCGGAGGUUUCGAAUCCAAUCCCUCUACUGCGGGAUUCCCCUGCACCAGCCUUUGGCAGACCGCUUUUCCAGGAGCUCGUUCCCUAUGGUGUCCAUCUGGCACUCAGCAUCUACGACGACCGCAAAGAUACCUUCGUCCGAGACGAGAUCGCAACCAGGCGCGAGGAGCUUGAUGGCAUCGCCACCACCACUUUGCAGAGCCUCAAUCUUCCUGGCUCUUUGCAAGCAUUGGAACAACCGGUCGGGUUGCCACCAUCGCUGUUGCGCAAAUCAGACGAAAUUCGGUCAGAAGGUGGCCUUGGUCGCAUCGAGGCUCUCCUCGACAACGUCAGACAAAGUUCGACGAUGGACACCGACCUCCUAGGCGAGAUAAGUGCCACGUUAGACGACGAUGCAUCCCGUCGACCGCCCGACGAAGCGUGGAAUCACUUCACUCAAAGAGUCCAAGAGUUCCAAAAAAAUCUUGCUGAUGCGGCAUCGGCCGACGCAACAGUCCGGCAAAAGCUCGAGGAAGCUCAAGACUCCAUCGGGAUCCUCGAAGGCGGUCGAGAGGCACUCGAGGCUGCCGUACCCGCACAGCACGUCGCUUCCUCCUCGCACGCCUCCGCCACAGAUCCACAACUACAGAAGCAGUCGAGGGCCGUAAGGGCGCUGCGCGUUGAACUCGAGGGCCUCGACGAUCUGCUCGACUCGCGUGCGUCGAUCCUAGCUGAGGUGAAAGCAACAGCUGCGUCGGACGACGUUCGACCAAAGGUGAUGCGCGAAGCAGGCGCCAUUGCAGCGAAUGCCACCGCUAGUGGCGGUGGGUCAGCGCUGGUCAUUCAAGCGGCCCACUUUGAGCCUUUGUUUGAGAUUGAGAUGCAGAAGUACGACAAAUUCAAGCGUGAGCUUGACCUCAGUGAAAGUGAUCAGGCCGAAAGGCUCGAGCGUAUCCGGCAACGUAAUGAUGAUUUCCUCGAAGCUCGAAAGAUCGACACGACGGUCAAGCGACGUGAACGGGCGCUGCAGACGCUGGAUUCCGCCCAUCAAAAGUAUCGCGAGAUUGAAUCUCACCUCGUCGAGGGAAUCGGCUUCUACAAUCAGCUGGCCAAAUUGCUCAACGAGCUCAGACAACAGGUGAAAGAAUGGAACAGGGCCAGACAGAUGGACGGGCAUUUGGCCGAGGCGGCUUCGAGGAUGAGCAUACAGCAGGGCACCUCGUCGGCAUCGAGUACGCCCAGUAAGCCACGAACAAGGGCGCAGGCGCGGGCAGAGGAGCAGAACGUCGAAAGACAACUUUCGGAAAGCAAAUACCAGCAGGCGCAACAGCAACAGCAGACACCGCAGCGGCAGUGGGGAGCUUGGCAGGGGGGCGACAUUCGCUUUGGUGACUGAUCCCAUCAACCCAAUCACACAGCAGACUGUUUUUGUAGGAAAAGGACAUUUCUAUAGAACGAGAGAUAGUAGAAUGUAACAGGAAAGAAGGAAGUAAAAGUAAUGAUGGUCCUUCCUCAGGCCAGAGAGGUUGAAGGGACACGACUACUAAUACUAGAGAAGAAGAAGAAGAAAGAAUGCAGCAAAUGACAAUUUUCCCCUUGACACAUGAAUUGAUGAUCCCCGAAAGCCUCGUUGAAUGUUGACACAAGUUGAUGAUGAUGUUGGAGAAACCGUCUAUGUUUUUGUCUUG